UGUGUGUGCACUGGUGAGAGUGAAUUUCCACGUGGGUCGCUUUCGGUGGGCUAGAUGGAGACAGCCCCCAAAGUGGGCCGCAGUAUCCCGUCCAAGAAACAUCAGGUCAAGAAGAGAGCACGGCGUUACUGGGAGGAAGAGACCACCACCACUUCGACCUCUGCUGGAGCCUCUCCAGGGCCCCCCAAAAAGAAGAGGAAUCAAGACCUUCACUCUCAGAGAUCGAAGAAGAAUACUCGCAUCCUAAAGAAGUCUCGCAUAUCCAGGAAGCCCGACAUCCAAAAGAAACCCUGGGAAUGGAAGGACCCCGAGUUUCGGCGGACCUUGUCAGGGGCCCAGGACCCAUUCCCAGGCCCCGCCCCUGUCGUGGCAGAGGUUGCUCGGAAGUUUCGUCGCAUCAACAAGUCAAAAAAGCUGCCAAAUGCUAAGCCGGAGACCCAAAGUAAAAUUGAGUUGGCUGAAACUCGGGAAGAGGAAGCCAGUGCCAAAGCUGCUCGUUCUGAGCUUCUGCUCGUUGAAGAGCCGGGGUUUCUGGAAGGAGAGGAUGGGGAGGACACGGCAAAGAUUCUCCAGGCUGACAUUGUGGAAGCUGUGGACAUUGCAAGUGCAGCAAAGCACUUUGACUUGAACUUGCGACAGUUUGGACCCUACAGAUUGAAUUAUUCUCGCACUGGGAGGCAUCUGGCACUUGGUGGGCGUCGGGGACAUGUGGCUGCCCUUGACUGGGUGACAAAGAGGCUCACAUGCGAGAUCAAUGUCAUGGAGGCAGUGCGGGACAUCCGGUUUCUGCACUCAGAGGCCUUGCUGGCUGUUGCUCAGCACCGCUGGCUUCACAUCUAUGACAACCAGGGCAUCGAGCUGCAUUGCAUCCGCCGCUGUGACCGCAUCACCCGGCUCGAGUUCCUGCCUUUCCACUUCCUCCUGGCCUCAGCAUCAGAGACAGGGUUCCUGACCUACCUAGAUGUGUCCGUGGGGAAGAUUGUGUCUGCUCUGAAUGCUCGGGCCGGACGCCUCGAUGUCAUGACCCAGAACCCUUACAACGCUGUCAUCCACCUGGGCCACAGCAAUGGUACUGUGUCUUUAUGGAGUCCAUCUGUGAAGGAGCCAUUGGCCAAGAUUCUCUGUCACCGUGGUGGGGUCCGGGCUGUGGCAGUAGAUUCUACAGGCACGCACAUGGCCACCUCUGGCCUGGACCAUCAACUGAAGAUCUUUGACUUGCGAGGGACCUUCCAGCCUCUGAGUGCUCGGACACUGCCUCAUGGAGCAGGGCACUUGGCCUUCUCCCAGCGGGGCCUGCUGGCUGCGGGGAUGGGUGACGUGGUCAACAUCUGGGCAGGGCUGGGCAAGGCCACUAUGCCCUCCCUGGAGCAGCCCUACCUCACACAUCACCUUUCCGGUCAUGUGCAUGGCCUUCAGUUCUGCCCCUUUGAAGAUGUGUUGGGGGUAGGACACAGUGGGGGCAUUACCAGCAUGCUGGUGCCCGGGGCUGCUGAGCCCAACUUUGAUGGCCUGGAGAGUAACCCCUACCGGAGCAAGAAGCAGCGCCAGGAAUGGGAGGUGAAGGCGCUGUUGGAGAAGGUGCCUGCAGAGCUCAUCUGUCUGGACCCACGAGCCCUGGCAGAGGUGGAUGUCAUCUCUGUGGAGCAGAGAAAGAAGGAGAAGAUAGAGAGACUGGGCUAUGACCCGGAUGCCAAGGCUCCCUUCCAGCCAAAGCAAAAGCAGAAGGGCCGCAGCUCCACAGCCAGCCUGGUGAAAAGGAAGAAGAAAGUCAUGGAUGAGGAACAUCGGGACAAGGUCCGACAAAGCCUUGAACAGACACAGAAGCAAGAUAAGAAGACCAAACCCACUGGGCCCCAUAGUUCUGUGCUUGAUAGAUUUGUUCGAUGAGCUAGGCUGAGCAGGCCUGAGAAACAGCUACAGUUACACAGAAUCCCCUGUGGGGAAAUGUUCCCACACAUUGUUCUCUUGUGGGCGGGCCUUGCACAAGUUUCCUGAUGGAUUGCUCA